UGGAUAUUGGACCCCGCGCACUACUCAAACAAAUUUCGAUGGGUGGAGAUGGUGGUAGUAUACCCCGUCGCGAUGAUCUCGUCAAGCCGAAAAAGAAACAGGAAGUUGCUAAUCGUGAGGCGGCCAACAUGGCACUUUGGAAGCAUUGUGCACUUACACAAGAUCCUCUCCGCCAACCUGUAGUUUCAUGUCUGCUUGGGAAACUUUAUAACAAAGAGUCAGUUAUCAACAAACUACUGACCAAAACAAAAGGUGAUGGAUUUUCCGAUCAUAUUAAAAGGUUGAGGGACGUGAAGGAAUUACGUCUGAGUUCAACGUCGUCGCCAGAGGGUAGCCAGGAACCUCAGGUAUUCUACUGUCCGGUAACAGGCCUUGAAAUGUCAGGAGUCUACCCUUUUAUUUAUCUUUGGAGCUGUGGCUGCGUUUUUUCCAAGAAGGCUCUCACAGAAGUUAGUAGCAACUUAUGUAUGCUGUGUGGAACAGCAUUUUCUCCGGAUGAUAUUGUUCAAAUAAAUCCACAAACUAAGGAAGAAAUCGAGGCUGCGAAAAUGCGACUGACCAGUUUCCAAACAAAUCUAAAGAAUCGCAAAAGAUCUUCAGUCAACUGUAUUUCUGAAAAGUCACAGUCAAGUGAAGGAAGGAAUAUUCCGACGAAAAAACCAGCAAUAUCGUCUGAAGGAUUAGAAGACACGAAAAAAACGGAACCAUCGUCAGAAUCUGAAAAACCCAUCUCAGACCCACAACCUCCAGUAGAAACUUGUAGUGCUAGUAAAUCCAUUCAAGAAGAUCCCAGUGUGAGCUCUGUGUAUAAAUCACUGUUCAAUACAUGUGAACAAGCAAAACGUCAGCCGAAAUCUCACUGGGUUACUUUCAAUCCAUUAUAUUUCAGAUAAAUUCUUUUAUCUUAUUUAACUUCAUUGUUUUUCUCAUUAAUUGUGUACAUACUGAAGUAUUUAUAUACUCAUCUCGUUUCAUGAUUUUGUUAUCAGUAAAUGAAAGCCAAGUAGUUUUGUGUUGUCUUUAUGAAUUGGAUAGAGGCCAUGACAUUUGCUAUUCCGACAAAAAACUAAGAUAACGUAGUUUAUGUGAAACGCGUUAUGUAUUCGCACCGCGCAUUUGAACAAUCCAAUCACUCACUUGUCAUGUCUAUUUACAUGAAAUAUAACAAAGAGUAAAUGGAUUAAAAAGAUAGUGGAUGCUAGCAAAGGGUCAGCUUAUUAGUUUAGACGUUAAAUGAUAAGUGGAAAGGGAAAAAUAGUAUUUUAAUAACCCUUGGUAUUAAAGCUGUUACAAAUGGAGAUUUAAUGUCAUAACAAAUUGCUUUUUAACACAAUGCUGGUCCAAACUUCUUUAUAGCUAAGGCUUCGACAAAAUCGACUGUUUCAAGAAUCUAGUUGUUGUACUUUGGCUUCUGUAUUCGUUUAAAAUAGUCUUGUCAGUAGACCUGCAGUCUUAGGGUUAAGCUAUACUCGAGGCGGAAACAACAACUAGCCGAAUUUGCAUGAUACUGAUGUCAGCUAACCAAUCUUUCGUAUUUGCUAUAAUUUGAUCAGUCUGCCUAUUCCUUUUUGACUUUGUACAUUCUGGCAAGUAAUUUCUUUUAGUGGAAAUGUCGUCAAAGGGCUUCUAUCCCCUCGGAAUUAAUUGGUUCAAUGAUAAUAGUGUUAGAAUAGGAUUUUCAUACGCUGGCAGAGUCAACGUCCUCAAUAAUGGAACAUGAAAACUUUGACUGGACAUAACAACAUACCGAACUGGUCAAAGAGAUAGUGGGAUAUUUGCUAAGAGAAUGGAGCUGCAUAUCAAGGCGACUGACUAUCAACUAUCGGGUUCGAACCCCACCCUAUAUAAUCAGAGCCAGGUAGCACCACGUAAUAGGUUUGACUCGUUGCUUAGUACACGAGCCUGCACAAAAGGGUUAAACUUUAUGGAUGUUUCUUCCCUCUUAAUGGUGGUCACUCAAAAUACCUCUGAUAUUGUUUUACAAUUGUUCUGUUACAGCAAAUAAUCUGAUAUUCCUAAGUUGCCAAGUAAGACCGUUAGUUACUUUUCUUAUGCAGAUUGUCAGUAACCGCUCGAUAACUAUAUUCGCGUGAGGUUCAAAAUAUUUAGGGUACUCUUUGAGUUUAAACCUCGUUAAAAGUAAUCUUCAGCUAGAUUAGCAUUUAAUUGCACUGCUGUCAGGAUCUGCACUUACUUGGUGUAGUUGAUGGGGCUCUAACCAGAAUGCCAUAGGUCCGAACCCAACUCCACUUACCCAGGUUUGAACAACCGGAUAGUGUCAUUAGCUCAUACACAAUAGGUGUGACUCGUUGCUUACUGUGUGAGGACUGUCGAGUGCAUUUCAGUAUCAGGACAAAGUACGUAUUCUAACGCAGUAAUGGCGUCAGUUUUUUCAGAUGUGUCGUCCUUGUGCCAUUCAUAUGUAGAAGACUGUGGAAAGUCGUAAUAUUAAUCUCUGUAUUCAUCUGAAUGCACACUUUGAUUUAUUCAACUAUUUGGUCCUCAGGAUCAUUCAUUAAUUGUUCGGAUUCCUUUCAAGAGACUGGCUAGUUUCAAGUGCUUCAAUGACUCCAUGUUAAGUUAUGUGGAAUGAACUUUAUUUUUCAAUUAUCAUUCCAUUUUCUCCCGUCUAAAAUUUCGUCUUUUGAAUAUCAUUCGCUAUAAAGCUGCGACUGUUAUUUCUUACUUGAUUUCUCAGAUAGUGACUUUGCUUGUAGUUAUAUUUUUCCUUAGGUAAUACACUAAAUUUACUUUUCAGAAAUGGCAUUGACUUUCACUGUCAACGUUCGGUGGGGAAUAUAUCAGUAUCUGUAACAACAUGGUACCGUCUAGAAUAUCGCAUAGUCGCAAAGUAGGAUGAACAUAAUGCCAUAACUAGGUAGUUGUGUCGGAAGUUUCUGAUUUUAAAUCGUUGACUAGUACUUCAAUUUUCAUUGGGAAAUUCCACUUAGCAUCCAUAAUUAACAUGUAUCAUAUGUAAGGUGGUGGUAGUGUUUUAAACUAGUUUUUAUGUGCAAGUGUUACAACUAUGCGAAACGGAGUUGACAUCAUAGUCUUAACCCUUUAUAAAUAGUUGUGAUAUUUGUAGCAAUAGUUAUGGACAAGUUUCUAGUAUAAGAUUUACCAACAAAAUGCUGUUUAUGCUCUUUGGAUAUGUAGUAAACCAGCCUUUAAUAAUGAUGACUACAUAGAGCGUGACUUUUAAUCACCACUGAUAUGAUCACCAAGUGAAUGGUGUUGACAUCUGGUUUUUGACUGUGAUUAAAGAAACUAAACUACAGAUACAUCAAACGGGUCGAAUAGUUUAGUGGUAACAUCCCUUUGAUUUCAGCAUUGAGUGACACGGAUUCGAAUCUCACAGAAGACAUUAGCUCUAAGAUUGCCGAUACACCUUACUUACGAGUGCCGACAAACACGAAACCUAGGUUCAGGGCUUCCUACCGAUCGCCUCGGACUAACUGGCGUCUAUUAAAGUUCCCUACAAUGGCGUCUCCUAGCUUGGUGGCCACAUUACGAAAUGAUAGAUAGAAUUCCGUCAGCAAUCAAGACUAGACAACACUGAAUGAGUUACUCUUGAGUGACGAAUACAUAUAAAUGCAUCAGACAGAACUUUCCAUAAGAAAAUACUACUUUGAUCACUGAUGCAUCAAAGUAGAUCCAGUUCACCGAUUUAAUCUUUGUUUACGACACUAAAAUCAUUAGUUAACACAGUACACUUGAAUUAUUAAUGCCAACAAAACCCGGAUAGUUAUGUAUCAUUACUGCUGAGUACAUUAUGUAUACAACAUAAUAAACCAAACUGUCACUUAUUUGCUUUAGAUGUGGCGAAGAUAGCUACAAACGAUUCAUUAGGUAGUAAAAGUCAACAAAGGAUAAGAACAAAUAUUUCCUCGUAUGCGCUUCUCGGUUGUAGAAUACUCCUUUUCCAGGUUUUCUGAUAAAUAGUUUUCUACUUCUAUGACUCCACAAAGUUUACCAGAUGGCUACUGAAAAUGUUCAUGAGAAAAUAUCGAAGUUACGUGAAACAAUUGGGCACUACAGUAGAAGGUAACUCCAUAUUAGGCAUGUUUAUCUGAUAAAGCACACAGUUACACAAUAUUAUUGCCUAAUAGGUCAAUGUUAGGCCAUCAAAAUGAAAUGCUCUAGGUUUCUGCGUUUUUCUGUCAAACUGGCCAUAGCGAAUGCACUAACCGCUUUCCUGAAAAACUCUACAAGAAAACGUUAAUAACCAAGACCAUUUUGAAAAGCGUUUCGUAGAAAUCACCAUUCUCUGACAUAUCUAACACAAUCAUAUUGAAAUAAAAUCACAAUUCACUGAGGCUAAAUGUAACAUUUCACUAAGAGAACAUGUUUUAUACGAACUACAGAUGAAGGACGUGUACAAUCCACAGAAUACGAAGGUACAAUUGCGAAACAGUGUCAAGAUGAAAAAGUUUCCCAGAACAGCCAGAGGAAUACGUAUCUAACUUCUCCAGUACUUAAAUAUCUACCAUCCAAAUACAAGCAUCAUCACUUGGCCCAAAGUUCGGCUACAUCUCAUCGUGUUCUGACGACCUUCAUAUCAAAACCCAGUUUGAAAGUUUAAUCAAUCCAACAAACUUCUUUCAGAUUCUAACAAGAGUCUAAAACAGCUGAGGUCAACAAUUGUAAACUAUUGCAAUCAGGAUAUUGAUACAAAACCAAGUAUUAUUAUAUUAUAUUAUUAUUAGUCCCUUGGGUUCCUAAUGGAAUAUAGGGCUUCACUAGCACGUCUCCAGUGAACUCUGUUCGCCAAAAUCUUUUGAACCUGACUCCACGACAGCCCACAACCUCUCAUUUCCUCCUCGCACCAUCUUCUCCAUCUCACCCUCACCUCGGACAUCCAACUCGUCGCUUCCCAUCGGGGUUCCACUCGAGAGCCUGGCCUGAAGCGUGAUGUCCUCAGUCGGCCUUCUCAGUGCAUGCCCAAUCCAUCUCCACUUCCUCCCUCUGCAUAUUUGUUGCGUGAUAGGUUGUUGGUUGGUUCGUUCCCAGAGCUCCUUGUUGCUUAUUCUAACUAUUCUGGCCAUCUGACCUUCAGUAGCGAGCCAGCGUAAGCAGUUGUUGAUGAAUGUCUGUAGUUUAUUGGGAAUGCCUUUCGUAACGCGCCAAGUCUCUGAACCAUCACACAGAAGCACUGACUUGACGUUGGUGUUGAAAAUCCGGAUCGUGUUUCACAAGACCGAGUACUUGUAGAUUAUUAUAAAAUGAGCAGAGAUCCUAACUAAACGACUUCACAAAGAAAGAUUUUCUGUUGGUCCGUCACAUUAAAGGUUCUAGUAUCUUCCUCAUGGACCGAUAUGAUUAUGUUGCGAAGUUGUAUUUCAUAUUAUCAAGUGAAAGUAAACUUCCAAAAGUUACUGUUCAGAAGGAUAUAACUGAAUAAACUGAGCAGAAGCUGAUCAAUAUCCUC